AUGGGAAAUGAAGCUGUUAAGAAGUUCACUUGGUCGGUGGCUGCACAUGGCGUCUUCUUGCGUAUCCCAAAGGAGAUAAAGAUAAAAACUAAAAACUCUCCCAACGGAAAGAAAAACAAGAAGUGUUUGAUCGGACGAUUCGUUUGUCUGAUUAAGCUAAAUGAUGAUGAUGCUUUUGAACCCAAAGAUUUGCUUAAGGAAACUUCAUCAGUAAAGGAAAGCAUUGAUGUUAAUGGGUUUCAAGUGCUUCCUUCACAGGUGGAAUUUGUGAGCCUUGUUUUUAAAAAAUACCCAGACAUUGCAUUAGAACUCCAAGCAAAGAACGAAUCUUUGAGGACAGCAGGCAUGUAUGUCUUCCUCAGCCUAAUCAAGACACUGUGCAAGUCACUGCAAGAGCUCUCCAGUGAUGAUCUGAUACAAGCAGACAAUGCUCUAACAUUCUUGAAAUGUUCGGGAAUAAUUAAGGUGGAUUGGUUGGAGCAUAAGCUGGAGCAAGUAAAGGUAAAGAAGAAGCAAGAGCAGGUUGGUGAGACUCGGAUGCAAGAACUAGAAGAAGAACUGAAUGGCGUUAAGCAGAAUUGCUCAGACAUUGAAGUCUAG